GGGCGUGCGCAAGAUGGCGGCGCUGGGAGCGUGGGUGCGCUCGGCGGGGCUGCGGGCGCUGUGGGGGCGGCACGCGCGGCGGGGGCUCGCGCAGGACGCGGGCGACGGAAAGGCCAACGCCAAGCCCAGGCCCGCCUUCACGGACGAGGCGGUCCAGGCGCUGCUCUACAAAAUGACGGGGAUCGACCUGCACAAGGUGUUCCGGCCCGUGAAGAAGGAGCUCAAGCCGCCGCAGUACAAGCUGAUGACCGAGGCUCAGCUGCAGGAGGCCACAAGAAAAGCCAUUGAGGAAGCUAAAGAAAAACUAAUCAUGCCCCCUGUUUUGGAUGAGCGAGAGCCAAUUGAUGAUGUCUUAGCAGAAGACAAAUUUCUUGAAGGAACUGAAACUACAAAAUAUGUAUUUACAGAUUUAACAUACUCCACUCCACAUCGUGAACGUUUCAUUGUAGUUAGAGAACCAAAUGGUGUGUUAAGAAAAGCGACCUGGGAAGAACGGGACAGAAUGAUCCAGAUAUUCUUCCCAAAGGAAGGGCGCAGAGUUAUUCCCCCAGCGCUAUUCAAGGACGAACACCUUGGGAAUGUAUUUCAGCAAGACCGUCAUGAGGAUGUCCUUAACAUGUGCAUUGCUCAGUUUGAGCCAGAUUCAGCUGACUAUAUCAGAGUUCAUCAUCGGACUUACGAUGACAUUGACAAACACGCCAAGUACGACCUGCUGCGCUCAACAAGGCACUUUGGAGGGAUGGUGUGGUACCUGGUCAACAGGAGGAGAACAGAUGGCUUACUAAUAGAUAUGAUCAACAGAGACCUGCUGGAUGAUGCUACAAGUUUAAUUACACUGUAUCAUAUGCUCCAUCCUGAAUGUCAGUCAGCAAAAGAAGCUAAAGAACAGGAACUCAAAGGAAUGGAUCUGAUCAAGGUAUUUGUGAAAACUGAAUCCCAGAGAGAAGGCUACAUCCAGCUGGCCCUGCAGGCUUAUGAAGAAGGAAUGGCUACUUCUACAGCUUCAUGAAAUAAGCCUCAGUUCAUCCUAAGUUUUAAGUCUGUUUAUAAACAUUCUCUGUACAGGAUUCCACAAUAAAUACUUUAAACCGA